CAGUAAUCAAUAAGUAGGAGAUUGAAUUUGAGUGGGAUUGCCUUCUCUUCGCCAAUCCUUAACUUGCUACUUACUGUUUCCUCGUCUCAAACCUCAACGCACAAAGACAACCUGGCCUCAUUCGCUCGAACUUUUUGAGUUUUAUUUUAUAUUCAAUCGACAUCCCUCAACUGGUUAUAUUCAAGUCCCAACAUCACAAAUCCAAAAAUGUCCAACCCCGAAAUCUCCCUCCCCGAACUCCGGGACACACUCAUUUCCAUCGCAUUGGAAGCCGGCAGGCUAAUCACGUCCGCCACGCCAUCCACCACCUCAUCCCUCACCAAGAAAAACACCGCUGAUCUGGUCACCGAAACCGACCGAGCGGUUGAAAGCUUCAUCUCUACAAAACUCAAAUCUCUGUACCCAUCCUUUUCCUUCCUCGGCGAGGAAACCUACCAACCAGGCCAAAACCUCGGCCCCGAACCAACAUUCGUAGUCGAUCCUAUCGACGGAACCACCAACUUUGUCCAUCGAUGGGGAUAUGUCUCUGUAAGUCUGGGCGUUGCUAUCGAUCGUGUCCCUGUGGUGGGUGUGGUAUAUAACCCCUUCCAGGGGAAAUUAUACCAUGGUGUUAAAGGGCAGGGGAGUUAUCUCCGUGACCAGACCGUUCAGACUGGGGAAGGGGAGAGGAAAUUACCGUUGAAGCCCCUGGAGCCGCUGGAAGGGUUAGAUGAAGCGCUUGUUGCGAUUGAAUGGGGAUCUGAUCGGUCCGGUGCGAAUUGGAAGACGAAGACCGAUACGUGGGAUAAUUUGGGGAGGGCGAAGAGUGAAGGUGGAGCGAUGGUGCAUAGUGCGAGAGCGUUGGGGUCGGCGGCGCUCAAUCUAUGUGCUGUGGCAGAAGGGUCGAUUGAUGCGUAUUGGGAGGGUGGGUGUUGGGCGUGGGAUGUUUGUGCUGGAUGGGUUGUUCUGGCGGAGGCCGGGGGUGUUAUUGUGGAUGGAAAUCCGGGCACUUGGGAAAUUCCGGUUGAUCACAGGAAAUAUCUUGCGGUCAAGGGGGCGACGACUGGGCAGAAGGAGUUUGUGGAAGAGUUUUGGGGACAUGUCAAAGGGACGAUGACUUAUGAUCAUUGAUCGAUUCCAAGGCCAUUGGCUAUCUAUGGAAGGGAGGGGAAAUGAUAGAUCUUCCUGUCUACUUAGGGUUCGGAGAUGAAUAUAUGCAUAUAGACACGAUAUAGAUCAAUCAACCACUUAGACUACAA